UAACAAAGCGAGUGGCAACGUUUACAUUUCGGUCCAAAGCAAGACCCUCGAUGUAAACUUCCCGUAGUGUCCCUUAUGCCCUCGCUGCACGUGUAUACCACCAGUCACAAGAUGGCAGCAUCUCAAAUAACAUGAACCUUUGUUUUCCCUCCUUCGCUGACGGCACUCGUCGGUGGAAAGUGACGCUACAGUCUUCCGCCAGACAUGUGAAGUAGUCUGCAUCUAAAUAAAUAAAUAAUUUGGCAUUUAAAAAAACAACAACGGUUUGCUUGGGAUCCUAAUGAGCUGAUGUUCCAUGGUGUGGAAUCUCGAGCAAUGGCAGUACGUGACAGUGAUGACCCUGUGUUUUAUAAUGCUUCAGAAAAAUGAAACAGAAAAGAAAACAGUUGAGUGUAACAUCUCGUGAUCAGUUACUGGCCCUUAAGAAGAAAUGGGCACUUGGAUGUCUGGACUUGAGGAGAAAGUGGCGCUAUCACCCAGUGUAUAAUGUACUGUCAUCCAGGAGAAAAAAGAAGACUGCAUUUGUUCAUCAUCAAAAGCAGCAAGAGGAUGAGGAGCGUGUCCCAGAAUGGGUACAGAGUUUAAUAAAGGAAAGAAUAGAUCCCAGCUCUUCUUCAAAUAUUGAAAAUUAUAAAGAAACAGAAGGCAGUACUCGUAAGAAACUGCCAAAACAAAAACGUAGUAGUACUGCAGCUACAUUAAAAAAAUCUUGUGCCAGAAACGACCAGAAGGAGCCAGUGCAAGUGGAAGGGGUUAUCAGAUCAGCGAAAAACAGGGGCGACAGCAGCAACAGCAAGACUGGUCCUGGGUCUCCAAAGGACAGUGAAUUUAAAUUUCACCUCAGAAAAAGAGUGGCUGGACAGUAUGAUUUUAAGACCAAGCAUGAUCAGUUCAUUUCCAAGUUAUCUGCAAAGGAAGAAGGUCAUUUGUCUUUGGAAAAAGAUGAUGGUGGUAGUACUACAACUGUAGUGAUUCUAAAAAGCUGUAAAGGGAAGAGGUCAAGAACGUUGCAGUGCCGCGCCACAGCUACAACUCUAGAUCAUAAACGGAAACAUAAAUGUAGACGAUUCCAUAGAAGGAGACACUCCUAUUUUAUGAUGUGUAAAACAUUUUCCUUGGUUCCUUUGUAUCACAACACAAAAUGUCAAAAGAUUAGAAAGAGAAGGAACAAAUUUAAACAGCAACUAAAUGAGUGCAGGUUUACAGGCUUUUCUGGAAACUGUGAAGAAAGGCUUGAUUACACUGGUGCUAAUGUAGUCUCUUCCUUAGAAACUGAGGACAAGGCAACAUUUAAAGGCUUGAAGUAUCCUUUAAAUCUGUGCAAGGUGAAUGUGUUACCUGAGCAUAAGGAAUCUCAUUUGUCUGGUUUCUUUUUGAAUGGUAAGUUAGCUAUGUUUCAACAUAGUGAAAUGAAUUUUUCAGGGAUUGGACCUGAACAGGAAAGCUUAAGUACCGAUGGGAAUAUGAGUACAAGUGCAAGAUGGUCAUGGAGUAAAAACAUGGAAUGUCAGGAUGGAAAUUCUUUGUGUAGUGAGCAGGGAAGUGAUGUUCCAGUUGAGGAUAGUUGUGAUUCAGACCCUUACCUUGAUGAAAUGUACUUUGAUGAAGUUCAUUCUCCAGUAAACAUGGAUGUAGCUAUGGAUGAUGGAAGUAAUUCUGAUUCAUGCUUGCAGGGCACUUCUUCCAACAAUGGAUCUAAUAAACUGAAGCUGAAUGAAGGAGCUCAAAAUUGCACUCAAAUGGAAAUUGAUCAUGUUAAAAACACUGAUAUUUUUUCUACAGAGUUGAUUGAUCACUUGUACUGUAAAAAUCCCCAUGAGGCACCCACUUCUGCUGAUAUGAAGUGUAGGCUGGAAAGUGACUUGAGAGAAAAGGAAGAGAAGGGAAUCAAAAGUUCUGUCACAUCAGAACAGCUCACCAUGUGUAUAAAUGACUUUCUAGAUGAAUUCUUGAAGAAGUAUGGCAGUUUAAUUCCGCUCUGUGAGAAGGAUAUACUGACAAGACUGAAGGAAGUCUUCAAUGAGGAUUUUUCAAACCGGAGGUCAUUAAUCAUUGGGGAAAUAAUGAAAUACAGGAAGUCUCAGAAGAAGAAAAAUACAUCGUACCAUUUCCAGGUCAAUUACAACAAACAUGUACUUGAAGUGGAGGACCUGGCCACGCUGGCUGGUCAGAAUUGGCUCAAUGAUCAGGUUAUCAACAUGUAUGGAGAGCUUAUAAUGGAUGCUGUACCUGAUACAGUUCACUUCUUUAACAGCACAGCAAAUGCUGAUGAAUGUAACGGUCAUAAAAGUUUUUUUGGAUCUUUGUCAGCAAUGUCACAGACUUGUACUGGUACAACACAGGUGGAGUUGUUCAAGAAAAAACUUCUGCUUAUUCCAAUCCAUCUGGAAGUUCAUUGGUCUCUAAUUACUGUAGAUAUCCCGAAAAAAAUUAUUUCCUUUUAUGAUUCUCAAGGAAUUCAUUUCAAGUUUUGUGUAGAGAACAUAAGGAAAUAUCUAUACACUGAAGCUAAAGAGAAGAAUCAUCCAGAAUUUUUAGAUGGUUGGCAGACCACUAUUACAAAGUGCAUUCCACAACAGAAGAACAGCAGUGACUGUGGGGUUUUUGUGCUCCAGUAUUGCAAGUGCCUGGCUUUGGGACAACCAUUCCAUUUCUCCCAGGAAGACAUGCCUCGAGUGAGGAGGAGGAUAUACAAGGAGCUUUGUGAAUGCAAAUUGAUGGAUUGAAGCUACUGUUGCUUUUGUUACUGUUUAAAACUUGAACGUCAGAGCACUUCCAUGAGUGUAUAUAAAGUGCUAAAGAUAAGUGGCAUGGCCACUUCCAUUACCUCAGCUAUGCUGACUGGACAUUACAUUUCAGGCUACUAAAAGAGACAUGAACGCAGUCACAAGUGUCUUAGGUCAGCUGUUCAGGUUCUUUUUAAAGGGUUGUUUAAGCAGUAUUUGUUUAUGUAAGCAUGCGUUUAAACAGUGCAAGCUUUGUGUAAUCCAUGUACAUGUAGCACCUUUGGCACUUAAAGGAGAUGGCAGAGUCCAAGCAGAAACUGAGGACUUGGAUACUCAUUUCCUUGCCAUGGACCAGCAUUGACAUUGCACAUCUCUUCAAACAGUAGAAAAUGUUGAAUAUUUUCAAGCUCAUGUCUUCUGUUUUAAUCCAUGUAUUCACAAAAGCUGAUGUACAGGUUCCAUUAAGAAAUGGUCAGAUUCAAGUUUCAUUGUUAAUUGCCAUUACCAACAAAUGAUUUUCAGGUAGCUGUGAGUAGGAUUGAUUAUGCAGUUCUGUCAUUUUUGAGUUUUGUGUUUUGCCUUUAAACUUUUACGCUGUUUAAGUCUUCCCAACUAGAUUGUAAUAUUACAGUGCAGUGUUAGACUAGUAUUGGUCAAACACUGUAAAACAGAAGCAUCUGCCUUCUUAGAUUGUCUGGUAAACUGUAGUCACUGGUAUUACAUAAUUGCCAUUAUUAUUUUGGAGACAUUUUCAUUGCCUGUUUUUAGCAAGAAUCUUGACAGUACAUACAGCUUUAAGAUUCUUGGAGUAAAUGAUGUAGGCCAUGUUGCUUCUUUGAGCACCGCAUGGACUGUAGUACUGAAGUGGUGGCCCCAUUUCCUGUAUUUCUGGGGGGGGGGUAAAACAGGUGUAAUAGUUUUAAGGAAGUGUAGACAUCUCCCUUAAAGAUAAGACAGGAGGAAAAGGAGUACAUGAGUAGUCUGUAAAGUAAUGAAUUUAAUCAAGUAGGAAGGUGGAAAUAAGUAGCGUGGUGACUGUGAGUAGGGUCAGAGAAAAUUUGUUGCAGGGGACUGGUAGGGUUUUGGGAAGUAUGUUUCGUGAUAACACUGGGUAUGGUCAGAGGAAGUGUGUUGCAAGAUGACUGUGGGUAGGGUCGGAGUAAGUGUGUUGCAUAGUGACUGGGUGGGGUCAGGGGAGCUAUGUUGCAUGAUGACACUGGGUAGGGUCAGGGGCAGUGUGUUGCAAGAUGACUCUGUAGGGUCAGUGGAUGUGCAUUGCAUGGAAACUUUGGUCAGGGUCAGAUGAGUACAUUGAGAGUAACUCUGGGUAAGGUUAGCGGGAGUGUAUUGCAUGGCAACUAUCGGGUAAGGUUAGAGGGAGGGAGUUGCAUGGUGGCUCUGGCUAAGAGAGAAAAAGAGUGUGGAUUGUGGGUAAGGUUAAAGGGGAAUGUUGGGCAGAGUCUAAGGUUAUGGUUCCUGCCUCAUAUCCUUGUUUUGAGCUCCAUUCACUGUACCAAGUUUGCUUGUUGUCCUUAUGUGAGUGUGGAUUCUCUUUGGCUUCUUUGAUUUCCUUCCCCCUCCCAAUUACAUGCCAAUUCACUGGCUAAUCUAAUCUCCCCAAACAUACACGUAUAUGUGUAGUUAUUACAGUAUGUAGCCUAAUUUGGAGUAAAAAUGGUUAAAGAACAAUUGGAUAACUUGCUCAGUUUUAUACAGUGUAGUAGGGUAACGAACAUAGCCAUCACCAUUAAUGUACACACAAGUCAAACAGGUCACAGAAUGAAUGACAGUGACAUAAAGUGAAACAUCUGCUAGCCCUUUGGUUUUCUUACUUUUUCUUAAUUACUGAGUUAGCUUUAAGUAAGAGAAAAAAAUACUUUGUCAGCAAGUGGAACCUCAGUCUGUGAAAAACUGUUAUGAACGUAAACUCCUGAUAAGUCUG